GCGACGCGUCGCCACGCAAUGCAAAUCGGGAAAAGGGGAUGAGCUGGGCUGGCUUCCGUCGGGAUAGCGAAGGCUGAUUUUCCAUCCGCUUGUUGAAAGAUGGGCCUUUGGCGAGGAGACCGGCGUUGGUAAAGCGCGCCCGACGCCAUGCAAAGGAACUUUUAAUGAAAUACACCAUCCUUUGGGAAAGUGGAAGAGUGAAGAUUUUUCAUCAUGCCUGCUGUGGCUUCAGUUCCUAAAGAACUCUACCUCAGUUCUUCACUAAAAGACCUCAAUAAGAAGACAGAAGUUAAACCAGAGAAAAUAAGCACUAAGAGUUAUGUACAAAGUGCCCUGAAGAUCUUCAAGGCAGCAGAAGAAUGCAGAUUAGAUCGUGAUGAGGAAAGAGCCUACGUUCUAUAUAUGAAAUAUGUGACUGUUUAUAAUCUUAUCAAAAAAAGACCAGAUUUCAAGCAACAGCAGGACUAUUUUCACUCAAUACUUGGACCUACAAACAUCAAAAAAGCUAUUGAAGAAGCUGAAAGACUCUCUGAAAGCCUUAAACUCAGAUAUGAAGAAGCUGAAGUUCGAAAAAAACUUGAAGAAAAAGAAAGACAAGAGGAACAGCUGCAGCAACAGAAAAAGCAGGAAACAGGAAGAGAGGAUGGUGGCAAACUGGCUAAAGGUUCUUUGGAGAAUGUAUUGGAUUCGAAAGACAAAACCCAAAAGAUGAAUGGAGAAAAGAGUGAGAAAACUGAGACCACAGAAAAAGGAGCAAUCACAGCAAAGGAACUAUACACAAUGAUGAUGGAUAAAAACAUCAGCUUGAUUAUAAUGGAUGCUCGAAGAAUGCAAGAUUUUCAGGAUUCCUGUAUUUCAGAUUCUCUCAGUGUUCCUGAAGAAGCCAUCAGUCCAGGAGUCACUGCUAGUCGGAUUGAAGCAAACCUCCCAGAUGAUUCUAAAGACACAUGGAAGAAGCGGGGCAAUGUGGAUUACGUGGUACUUCUUGACUGGUUUAGUUCUGCAAAAGAUUUACAUCUUGGAACAACUCUUCGGAGUCUGAAAGAUGCACUUUUCAAGUGGGAAAGUAAAAGUGUCCUGCGCAAUGAACCUUUGGUUUUAGAGGGAGGCUAUGAAAACUGGCUCCUUUGCUAUCCCCAGUAUACAACAAAUGCUAAAGUCACUCCACCCGCACGAGGCAAGAAUGAAGAGGUGUCUAUCUCAUUGGAUUUUACAUACCCCUCACUGGAAGAAUCAGUUCCUUCUAAACCUACCAUCCAGAUGCCACAUCCUCCUACGAAUGUAAAUGAAAAUAUAGAAUUCAUUAAUGAUCAAGACGAGAGAAUGGGACCACUGAAUAUAUCAACUUCAGUUGAACCAGUUACUUCUAAAUCUGACGCUUCACCCAUAAUUCAGCCAGUGCCUAUUAUAAAGAAUGUUCCACAGGUUGAUCGUACUAAAAAACCAGUGGUCAAAUUGCCUGAGGACCAUAGAAUAAAGUCUGAAAGUACAGAUUAUGAGCAACAGUCUCCUCAAAACGGAAAAUUUGUUCCUGAUCGUUCUACCAAGCCAAUAUUUUCCCCUCCCACUGUCAUGUUAACAGAUGAAGAAAAAGCUCGUAUUCAUGCGGAAACUGUACUCCUAAUGGAGAAAAACAAACAAGAAAAGGAACUUCGAGAAAAGCAGCAAGAGGAACAGAAAGAGAAACUGAGGCGGGAAGAAGAACUGAAAGCCAGAAAGAAACAGGAAGCUGAAGAAAAUGAAAUCACAGAGAAGCAACAAAAAGCAAAAGAAGAACUAGAAAAGAGAGAAAGUGAACAGGCCAAGAAAGAAGAUAAAGAAACCUCAGCAAAGAGGGGCAAAGAAAUAACAGGAGUGAAAAGGCAAAGUAAAAGUGAGCAUGAAACUUCCGAUGCCAAAAAAUCUGUGGAAGAUAGAGGGAAAAGGUGCCCAACCCCAGAAGUACAGAAAAGGUCAGCAGAUGUGCCCCAUGCACCUGGGACGGGAGAUCCGAGUGCAGGCAAGCCGGCUAAGAUUAAAGGACAACCAGAAAGUGGAAUUCUAAAGACAGGAACUUUUAGAGAAAAUGCAGAGGAUACCGACAGAAAUAAAGCUCAGCGAGAGCCUUUGACAAGAGCUCGAAGUGAAGAAAUGGGGAGGAUCGUACCAGGACUGCCUUCAGGCUGGGCCAAGUUUCUUGACCCAAUCACUGGAACCUUUCGUUAUUAUCAUUCACCCACCAACACUGUUCAUAUGUAUCCACCGGAAAUGGCUCCUUCAUCUGCACCGCCUUCCACCCCUCCGACUCAUAAAGCCAAGCCACGCUGAGCGGGAUAGGGAGCCGUCCAAAUUGAAGCGCUCCUACUCCUCCCCAGAUAUAACCCAGGCCAUUCAAGAGGAAGAGAAGAGGAAGCCAACAAUAACUCCAACAGUUAAUCGGGAAAACAAGCCAACAUGCUACCCUAAAGCUGAGAUCUCAAGGCUUUCUGCUUCUCAGAUUCGGAACCUUAAUCCUGUAUUUGGAGGAUCUGGACCAGCUCUUACUGGACUUCGUAAUCUGGGAAAUACUUGUUACAUGAACUCAAUAUUGCAGUGCCUAUGUAAUGCUCCACAUCUGGCUGAUUAUUUCAACCGAAACUGUUAUCAGGAUGACAUUAACAGGUCAAAUUUGUUGGGGCAUAAAGGUGAAGUGGCAGAAGAAUUUGGUAUAAUCAUGAAAGCCUUGUGGACAGGACAGUAUAGAUAUAUCAGUCCAAAGGACUUUAAAAUCACCAUUGGGAAGAUCAAUGACCAGUUUGCAGGAUACAGCCAGCAAGAUUCCCAAGAACUGCUCCUCUUCCUAAUGGAUGGUCUCCAUGAAGAUCUAAAUAAAGAUUGCCUUAGAUUAUUUUCCAAAGAAGAAAAACUCACAGAUAACAACAGAUUUUACUGCAGUCAUUGUAGAGCUCGACGUGAUUCUCUAAAAAAGAUAGAAAUCUGGAAGUUACCACCUGUGCUUUUAGUGCAUCUGAAACGUUUUUCUUACGAUGGCAGGUGGAAGCAAAAAUUGCAGACAUCUGUGGACUUCCCGUUAGAAAAUCUUGACUUGUCACAGUAUGUUAUUGGUCCAAAGAACAAUUUGAAGAAGUAUAACUUGUUUUCUGUUUCAAAUCACUACGGAGGGCUGGACGGAGGCCACUACACUGCCUAUUGCAAAAACGCAGCAAGACAGCGGUGGUUUAAAUUUGAUGAUCAUGAAGUUUCUGAUAUCUCUGUUUCUUCUGUGAAGUCUUCAGCAGCUUAUAUCCUCUUUUAUACUUCAUUGGGACCACGAGCAGUUGAUGUCGCCACAUAAGGAGACGUAGGUUAAAGCUAGUUAUCUUCUAAAAGGCUCAGCAGCAGCACUCUCGAAAUGCUUCUAAAGACCCUGGGCAGCUAGAGCUGGCCAGCUAGCGGAACUCCAGACAGUGGGAGCGGUACUAGCACCAUAGAAUCAGGUCAGCACUAUUACCAGAAACUGACACAGUACAUUUAACAGGUAUUGCAGUAAGCAUCCCUACAGGUACCAUUUAUUUCCAAACUACUUUUCUAGUCUGCUCCAAAGUUAAAAUGAUUAACUAGCUAAGCAUUAUUAUUCUACUGGUCUGAAAACCAUUGUAUCCUUUUUUUUUCCUUCUCACUGUUAUGGCCUUUUCACAUUUCUGAACCCCAGCUUGAUCUACUCUGAAUACUCUAGAAUGAUGUAAAGCAGAUAGGAAUGUAUGUGUACAUAUUUAUUGCACACUUGCACAUCAAAUCGAUGUACAUAGUUUAAUGUGGUCCUUUCAUGAAGCCUAGAACUCAGAGGAUUGCUUUCCCCUCCCCCUUUGGCCUAUCUGAGUAACUACAGUGCUUUCUUAGGGAAAUGACAGGGCAAAGCUAUUUUUCUGUUGGCUUUGGGCUGUAUUUGUGCACUAAAUCUUUAUUCUAAAAAAUAAAUGAAAACUUUCUUUAAUUUUUUUAAAAUGAGAAUUUCAUUUACACCUACAUUAAAAUCUUAAUGAGAAAAACCAUCAAAAA